UAGAGAAUGGGGUUGGGGAGGCCCCGCAGCACCCACUCUUUGGCCUUACCCUAGCCAGGUCCCCUUUAUCUUCCUGCAGCUGCCUCCGAAGGGGAAGCGCAGCCCUUCCCUAUAGCCCCGCUCCACCACGCACAGGUUCGGGCUAGUCUAGGGCGGGGACUUGGGAGCGCCUUCCAGUUGCGCGAUGGGCGGGGACGCAGAUCCAUCUCUUUAAGGUCCAGAAUUGCCCCGAGGUGCCUGGACACCGCAGGUGGUUCUGGGCGGUCCGGAGUGUGGAGUGUCACCCCGGACCGGGAUCCCACUCGCCUGUGCUGCUCCGAGCGCCAUGGGCCGCUACCGCAUCCGCGUGGCCACCGGAGCCUGGCUCUUCUCCGGGUCGCGCAACCGCGUGCAGCUGUGGCUGGUCGGGGCGCGCGGGGCGGCGGAGCUGGAGCUGCAGCUGCGGACGGCUCGGGGAGAGGAGGAGGAGUUUGAGCACGACAUCCCCGACGACUUGGGGCCACUGCAGUUUGUGAAGCUGCGCAAGCACCACUCCCUGGUGGACGACGCGUGGUUCUGCGACCGCAUCACCGUGCAGGGCCCCGGGGCCUGCGCCGAGGCCGCCUUCCCGUGCUAUCGCUGGGUGCAGGGACGGGGCAUCCUGAGCGUGCCCGAGGGCACCGCCCGCCUGGCAGGAGCCAAUCCCUUGGAUGUGUUCCAGAAGUAUCGAGAGAAAGAACUAGAAGAAAGACGGGAGAUCUACCGCUGGGCCUCCUGGAAGGAAGGAUUACCCCUGACAAUAGCUGCAAACUGCAAGGACGAUCUACCUCCAAAUGUGAGAUUCCACGAGGAGAAGAGACUGGACUUUGAAUGCACACUGCACGCAGGGGUUCUAGAGACCACCCUCAAGCGUGUUUAUACCCUCCUGAGCUCCUGGAACCACCUGGAGAAUUUCAAUCAGAUCUUCUGGGGCCAGAAGAGCAUGCUGGCUGAAAAGGUUCACCAGUGCUGGCAGGACGAUGAGCUUUUUGGCUACCAGUUCCUCAACGGCGCCAACCCCAUGCUGUUGAGACGUUCCACAUCUCUGCCCUCCCGGCUAGUGCUGCCCUCAGGGACAGAGGAGCUUCAGGCCCAGCUGGAGAAAGAACUCCAGAACGGUUCCCUGUUUGAGGCUGACUUUAUCCUGCUGGACGGGAUUCCAGCCAAUGUGAUCCGAGGAGAGCAGCAGUACCUAGCUGCUCCCCUUGUCAUGCUGAAGAUGGAACCCAAUGGGAAGCUGCUACCCAUGGUCAUUCAGCUCCAGCCUCCCAACUCUAGCUCCUCCACCCCACCACUGUUCCUGCCCUCAGAUCCUCCACUUGCUUGGCUUCUGGCAAAGUCCUGGGUCCGAAAUGCAGACUUCCAACUGCACCAGCUUCAAUAUCAUUUGCUGAACACUCAUCUGGUGGCUGAGGUCAUCGCUGUUGCCACUAUGAGGUGCCUCUCAGAACUGCACCCUCUCUUCAAGCUCCUGGCCCCCCACACCCGAUACACUAUGGAAAUCAACACCCGGGCCCGGACCCAGCUCAUCUCAGAAGGGGGUAUAUUUGAUAAGGCUGUGAGCACAGGAGGAGGGGGCCAUGUGGCCUUGCUCCGUCGAGCAGGGGCCCAGCUGACCUACUGCUCCCUCUGUGUUCCUGACGACCUGGCUAACCGGGGCCUGCUGGGACUCCCCUGUGCUCUCUAUGCCCAUGAUGCUUUACGGCUCUGGGAGAUCAUUGCCCGGUACGUGGAGAGGAUCGUCCACCUCUUCUACCAAAGGGAUGAUAUCGUGAGAGGGGACCCUGAGCUGCAGGCCUGGUGUUGGGAGAUCACUGAGGUGGGGCUGUGCCAGGCCCAGGACCGAGGUUUCCCUGUUUCCUUCCAGUCCCGGGCUCAACUCUGCCAUUUCCUUACCAUGUGUGUCUUCACCUGCACUGCCCAGCAUUCAGCCAUCAACCAAGGCCAGCUUGACUGGUAUGCCUGGGUCCCUAAUGCCCCAUGCACAAUGCGGAUGCCCCCACCCACCACCAAGGAAGACAUAACAAUGGCCACAGUGAUGGGGUCACUACCUGAUGUCCGGCAGGCCUGUCUUCAAAUGACCAUCACAUGGCAUCUGGGUCGGCGGCAGCCAGACAUGGUACCUCUGGGGCACCACAAAGAAAAAUAUUUCUCAAGCCCCGAAGCGAAGGCUGUGCUAAACCAAUUCCAAACAGAUUUGGAAAACCUGGAAAAGGAGAUUAUAGCCCGGAAUGAGCAACUUGACCUGCCCUAUGAAUACCUGAAGCCCAGCCGCAUAGAGAACAGUGUCACUAUCUGAGCCCUUAAGCUGCCCCCACCUGGAAGACUUCAGACCAGCUCCAGAACUGGUAUUUCCAU